AUGUCGAACAUUCAAUUGCAAUGUCUACUUGGAAUCCAAGGCAAGGAUUUCGUUAUGAUAGCUGCUGAUCAGACAAACAGUCACAGUAUUAUGGUCAUGAAAGACGAUGAAGAAAAAAUUUAUAAAAUAUCCAACAAGCUUGUCAUGGGAGUUGCUGGUGAUUCAGGAGACACAACCCAGUUUGCAGAAUACAUAGCAAAAAAUAUACAACUAUACAAAAUGCGUAACAGUUAUGAGCUUGGUCCAUCUGCUGCUGCUAACUUUACAAGGAGAUACUUGGCAGAGUACCUUCGCAGCAGUACACCAUACUUUGUGAAUGUUUUAAUGGGUGGUUAUGAUAAAGAAAAUGGUCCAGAACUUUAUUUCAUGGAUUACCUAGCUUCCAGUGUGAAGGUACCAUUUGCAGCUCAUGGAUUUGGAGGUUUUCUCAGCUUGAGUAUCAUGGACCGACAGUAUAAAAAAGAUUUAACUGAAGAAGAAGCAUAUGAUAUAUUAAAACUAUGUGUUCAGGAGGUGCAUCGGCGUUUGUUUGUGAGCUUACCAAACUUUCAAGUUACUAUUGUCAAUAAUGAUGGUGUAAGAACCCUGCCUGUUAUUAAUUCUAAAUCUUCAUAA